AUGUCAAGAGAACAGUAUAGCGUGGUCGUUGAGAACACAGGACGACAAGAACUCGAAUUUCAGGACUAUUCGUCGAGUUCCGGAGUCGGAGGGAAGAUAACAAGUGACAAGCAAACAUCUUCGAGUUCAGCUUCGUUUGGCAAUCCGUUUUACGAUCCGCAACAGUCAAGUCAGACUGAAACUCAAGGAACCAGUUAUCCAUUCUGGUCUAUCGAAUAUUAUGCACAGUUCUUUGAUGUAGAUACAGAUCAGGUGCUGGAGAGAGCGGGGAAGAGUUUAUUUCCAAGAGAAAGUUUUGCGGAAACCGUUGGACCGCGUCCAGAUUUGUAUGGUCCCUUUUGGAUUUCAACAACAGUGAUCUUUCUCCUCUUUGUCACAUCCUCUAUUGCCGGAUCAAUUGCAGCACACAUAAGUGGCCGUGUUUACGCAUAUGACUUUAAGAUCCUUACGUUUGGCGCAAUUGCUGUAUAUGUCUACGCUUUUGCUGUGCCUCUUGUUGUUUGGAUAGUGCUAAAGUAUUUGGGGUGUCGUCCCGGGUUUUUGGAUACUAUUGCAUUGUACGGGUACGCCAUGACUGUGUGGAUACCAGUUGCGAUUUUUUGCGUAGUUCCAUCAGAGUCCGUCCGUUGGACACUUGUAGCAGUGGGAUUUGCCAUCUCUGGGUUCUUUAUAACUAGAAAUCUCUACCCAGUGAUCUCUCAAGCAGAAGCCAAGGCUGCUCGGUUGAUUAUAAUCUUUAUUAUUGCCGCCCAUGCAGCGUUAGCAUUACUGAUGAAAGUGGAAUUCUUUUCAUACGAGAUCAAAACUUCAUUCGGUGAUGGCGGAAAUGGUGAUGGCGGAAGUGAUGGUGGUGACGGAAAUUAA